AUGGAGGAGCGACGUGCGCACGGCUUCCGUGUCAGACCCUCCUACGGGCAGGUCCUGGGCUACAUAGCUGAGGGCGAGCCCUUGCCCAUCAAUCUCCCGAACCGCAACGCCAGCAUCCUGACUUCCUCGCAUUUCUGGCUCGACGACUAUCCGCAGAGCAGCGAGCCCGAGCCUGCCCCGCUGCCCCACACGACCGUGGACCCUGCAGCAGCCUACGAGGACGCCAACGAGGGCUACGAUGGAGUGCCCUUCCCCCGCCGGGAUUUUUUGCGCCCACGACCCUUCGACCUGGACAGCGAGUCUGAUUUUGGGGCUGUGGACCCGGGCCAAGCUCUGAGAAACGACGGGCUGGAGCCGCCAGCACCGCCAAGCUUCUUGAGCCGACUGCAGCAGGCCGAGGCCGCGGCGGGAGCUGCGGCGGGACUGGCGGGCUCUGCAUCUGCCAUCGCGGGGCACGGACAGGACCUCUACAACGCCGCGCGCAGGGGGCGCAAUUGGAUCGACCGGAACCUGCGCAUCCCGCGCACACCCGAGGGCCUUGCACCCCCGCCGGACGAAGUAGCUCCGCCGCAAAUUAUAGGCCGGCCCAGCGAAGUGGAGCCGCUUCUGGAGCGGGCGGGACAGCGAGCCCAGGAGGUGGAAAGGGCUGCGGCCCGAGACAUCGAGCAGUUCAUGAGCGAGCAGGUGGCCGAGGCCGAAACGACCGAAGGUUUUGCUUCCACCGCAGAAGUGGCUGCGGGGGCUGCAGAAGCGGCGGCGGCGGCGGAGGGGCCAGGAGCGUUGGCACUGUUUGGAGAGGCCGCGUUGGGCACAGCUGCGGGCAUGGGAGCAGCAGCAGGAGGCCUCGCAGUGGCGGGCGGGGCAGCGGCGCUCGUGGGCACUGCGUGGGCGCUCCACGGGGGGAUGGUGGCAGCAGAACACCUCCUAGGUUGGGGCGGAGGCGGAGGAACCGACACGGAUGCUUCUCGCCCCAGCUCCGCGCCCGACAUCCAGACCUUGAAUGGCAUGCAGGAGUUUGGGGCUGAGCAGCACUUCCAGCUCCAGGAGCAACGCCCGCCGCAGGCCUCACGGCGGACGCAGUUUUACCGCAUGGACACCGACGGCGAAUCGGAGCCGCGGGCCCAGCCGCCCCCCCGAGUGCAAGCUCGUCCCGCGAGGCCCACGCGUUUCCCCACAGGCCUGAACCCCGCUCCCUUGGCGCAAUCCUCAGGCAGCGACUCCUCCCGCGGGCCUCGCAUGCAGCGCCAGUCGCGCGCGGCACCGCCCCCUUCCUUCGAGGCGCUUCGCAGCGCGAGCGAGCCGGAGGCCGCAUGA